AUGGCAAAUCUUUUAUUAAUCCCAGCAAUAAUCAUAUUUGUUGCCUUCUUAUGUUAUGCUUCAUGCUGCUGUUGUUUAAGAAGAUCAAAUGAUCCUAACCAAACUCAAACCACCAUUGUGUUUGAAAUUGAUUUUUCAAGAACAGAAAGUUCAACAUCGUUACCACCACCACUACCGCCGCCACCAGAAGUCGAAACGACUGGUCUCGACGAGGAAACAAUCGAGUCGUUUCCAAGUAUAAUCAUAGGAGAAAGUGGGAGGAUGAUUAAAAAAGAUGAUAAUAUUUGUUGUAUAUGUUUAUCUGAGUAUAAUACUAUGGAAAAGUUGAAGAUAUUACCUUUAUGUUUGCAUAGGUUUCAUUGUGAUUGUAUUGAUCAAUGGCUUCGUUUUAAUGGGACUUGCCCUAUUUGUAGAAUUCUUCCUCUUAAUGCGAUGUUAGGGCGUGAUAAUUUGUCACAUAAUCAUCUUGGCUCACUCGAUCGUGUGGACACAUCUGUGGGACUCAGUGGCGGAGCUACCUUAGGGCCCACGGGGUCACGUGUCCCUAGGCGUUUUUUAAAAAAAAAAUUCAAAGUAGACUUUUAUAUUGACAAGAGUAAAAGUUUGAUUUAUUUUGUUCCAUUUUCCUUUACGUUAGUGCCCCAUGAGACUCUGAACCCUGGACCCGCCACUGCUGUGGAUAGUUGCAUAACUUGCAUCUAUGGGCUCGAGUCCACAAAACUCACAAGUAAUGAGCCCUAA